AAUUACUUCCGCCUUUUUCACUUGGUUCUUGUUAUUGGGGGAGACUGAGGCCCUUGGGAAGGCAGUGACUGACCAGAUGAACAAUUGACAACGUCACGGAUGACACACUGGGACACGAGAGCCAACAAUUCCACUGUCCUGUCUGAGGAUGAGCAAGCCGUCGGACUUCCAGAACAGUGACCUGGAGCAGAGCCUUCCUGCCAUUGCUUCCUCGUUUUCACACAGCCAAGGCUUCCCCCCACACUACUACUUCUCCCCCGAGAGGAGAAGAGUCAUUUCUGAUGUGCGGCGGACCUUCUGCCUCUUUGUCACCUUCGACCUUCUCUUCAUCUCACUCCUCUGGAUAAUUGAACUGAAUAUUGGGAAAGGUAUCCAGGACAAUUUAAAAGAAGAAAUUAUCAACUACAGCUUUAAAACAUCCUUUUUUGACAUAUUUGUUUUGGCUUUUUUCCGGUUCUCGGUGCUGCUUCUGGGAUAUGCUCUUCUGAGGCUCCGCCACUGGUGGGUUAUUGCGAUCACUACAUUGGUGUCCAGUGGCUUCCUGAUACUGAAAGUUAUCUUUUCAAAUCUUCUCAGCAAAGGGGCUUUUGGCUACCUUCUGCCAAUUGUUUCCUUUGUCCUUGCCUGGCUUGAAACGUGGUUUCUGGAUUUCAAAGUCUUACCCCAAGAGACCGAGGAAGAGCAAUGGUACUUAACAGCUCGGGCUGCUGUGGCUCGUGGACCCGUCCUUUAUUCAGGGGCCCUCUCAGAUGGCCAGUUUUACUCCCCACCAGAAUCUGUUGCAGGUUCAGAUGACUCAGAUGACGAGGCUAUGGGAAAGAGGGCAUUAACUGAUGAGGAGAGAGAAUAUGUCCAGCAAGGCAAAGUAGCGAUGGAGGUGGUGGAUCAGAUCUUAGCCCAAGAGGAGAAUUGGACGUUUGAGAGAUGCAACGAGUUUGGUGACACAGUUCACUCCCUCGAAAUGCCGUUCCAUGGCAAGAUUUUCAUCCUAAAGGCGAUUCUACAGUGUUCUGCUGAGAUAGUCUACCAGGAGAUGAUUCUCCAGCCUGAGAAGAUGGUGCUAUGGAAUAAAACCUUGUUAGCAUGUCAAAUUUUACAACGGGUCGACGAUAACACAUCGAUAUCCUAUGAUGUGGCAGCUGGAGGCGCGGGCGGCGUUGUCUCACCCAGGGACUUUGUAAAUGUGCGUCGGAUUGAGAGAAGGAGAGACCGGUAUAUUUCAUCAGGGAUGGCAACCGUUCACAGCUCACGCCCUCCGACUUCAAAAUAUGUCAGAGCAGAGAACGGUCCAGGAGGUUUUGUUGCCCUGAGAUGCCCCACUAAUCCGCACCUCUGCACCUUGAUUUGGAUACUCAAUACAGACCUCAAGGGUCGGCUUCCCCGAUACCUCAUCAACCAAAGCUUGGGGGCCACCAUGACAGAGUUUGUGUUCCACUUGCGCAAACGGGUUAUGGAGGUUAACGCAAGGUCAUAAGUUCUCAGAACUCCUUGCUGUGAUGUUGCCUUCUGAUUGUGCUCAGAACUCAACAAGGUCCAAAGAACUGGAGUCUCUUCUUCUUACCUGUCGGGGGAGAUCAUAUCUCACAGCUGACCUUCAGGAUAAGGCUAACGAGCCUUUUGCUGUGUCUUCAGGAUGUCAAAUAAUUAAUGAGCUGAAGAAGAUGAUUAAAUGGCAAAAGGGAGAUGUGACAGCAGAUGACCCAAAUCAGAACAAAUGGGAGAGAGGCACUAAGGUGGUUUCUUCAGGUCUCUCACUGAUGAUCAAAGCUAACGUUGCUAUUAGAACUUGAGCCUUUUCUGGAUCAAGGUGUGCCAAAUUCCUUUAUGAACAAGCUUCCAGAAUCUACUAAGUGCUUUCUUCUGUAGCCAUGUGUAUGUCUUUUGUCCUAUUGUUUCAGACUACUGUGUGUCCUUAAAUUUAUCCAAAUGCCUUCCAUAGCAGAUUAGAAGAGUAUCAUCAGAUAACCCUGCACAUGAGGUGACAUGGCUGUGAUGCAGCAGGCUAAGCCAGACAAUUUUCCAACCCACUACCGUGUCAAGAUUCUGGCAUUGCCCACUUUCCUGGAGGGCUGUGUGCUCAGCAUAGCUGAGGCUGCAUCUUGGAGUGUAUGCAUGGAUUUGAAUGCCAUGUCCUCGAAGAGGUGAUGGCUAGAGGAGAUGAAAUCUUCUGCUACCUGUCAAGUACUUGGACGUCAAUGGUGCACAACAGUAUUGCAGUACUGUCCCAGUUUGAUCGUGCUUUUUUUCUACUUCCUCCUUUCUCCCAUGAGUGACAAAGACUGUGAAAUAAGUCUGUCUCUGCGAGACUGAACUGACCCUUCUACAGUGGCUGACAUUUCCUGGAUUUGAUUAUGAUUUUUUUGUCCUACUGGAGUAGACUGAAAAUGUUGGUAAUUGAACAUUUUUCGUACAGAGGUGGAGAACUGGUUUGGAUGUUGUGAAGUGGUCCAAUAUAUUUGGAGGGCACCACGCUGGGGAAGGCUGAUGUAAGUGCAAUAUUCCUGAUCUUCUAGAUCUACACGUGAACAAAGGCAGGGAUUGGCAGAGGGAAGAUUCAUUGUGGGUAGAGCAGGAAGCAAUGGCUGGGUUAAGAACGGCAGGUUUACACCGUGAGAGAGCUGCUGUGCUGUUGGAGCAGCUUGAAACAAGCAAAAGAUACCCCAUGUUGUAUCUUUUGCAUAACAGAAAUACAGUGACAAAAAAGCCGUGGCAGGGUUUUACCUGUCUCAUAACUAGCUGUGGAGUGAUACCCCUGCGCCCCGCCACCUUCACCAGACUGGACUUCUGAAAUGCAACUUAUCCGCAGUGUCUCCAAUUCUUGGCCUCAGUAUCUGCCAUUGUUCAAAGUGUUUGGGUUAAAGCCUGUUUGCUGCUACGAUUCUCCAGUUACUGUAAUUAGAUGCUCAGUUUUUGUUUUUUGAAGAAGCAGCUGUGUGGAGAAUUGCAGCCUUAAGGUAGAUCAAUACCUGUGCCCCCUCUCCCAAAUGGCGUAACUCCUGCAGUUCAUUUCCAUAGGUGGGAGAUGACUCCUUAAGUGAUUCAUGCAUUUUUAAGGCUUCGGAAUCUGAAUUGGACUAAUCAAUCAUGCAACUUGCUUUCUAACUCUGUUCAAAACUAUUCCACAUUGGGUUUCUUGCAUGAAGAACCUGUAUACCUAGCUUACUCAACAAUGGGGCUAUUGGCAUGACUGCCAAAACUUUUCUUGUAGCCUUUCGGGCCAAUCCUGUUUUUCAGCACUUGAGACUCCUCACUCUGUAGACGCCUUCCUCUCCCUCUCUUUUCAGUAAGCUCCUUCCCUUGCAAUUUCUAUGCGUUCUUGUCAUUGCAUCUUGUGUAGCAGGUGGAGCUUGUAGCCAGCACAGACCCCACCCCCAUUUGAUACCUUGGUCAGAAUGGGUGGGGCAUACUGGAAGCCUGGUGCACUGCAGUGGAAGCUGUACAGUUCACUGGCCAGAAAUGAUGAUGGACUUCCAGGAAUGGAAAAGAGACUUUUUUGAGGCUUGCUCUUCAGAGAAUUUGCCCCUUAAGCUAUUUGAUAUUUUAUGCCAGCCUGAGAGAUUAGCAGGAGACCCCAAAGCGCCUUGGAUUGUUCAUAAGUGUUCCGUAUGGAAUGUGAAGAGAGACUUGCAGACUUUAUGAAUCUUAUGCACAGAAUGAUUUCCUUUUACAUGUGCAUGGGGAGUGGACCUCCACGCCUCAUUUAAAAAGCCACUUGAAUAACACAUAUAUGCCUUUUGCAUUGAAUCUUCAUGACUUAAAUCUAAUAAAAUCUAAUGACAAAA